GUCAGGCAGGUUAUAGCAGGGUACUGUUGUGGUCAGGCAUCUUAUAGCAGGGUACUGUUGUGGUCACGGAGAUGGUUGGAGACAAGUGGAUGAGAUGGUACUAGUCCGAGUUUUGUUGACAUUUCUUGGUUGCUGGUCCGUAGCAGCACAGGCUCCGAGCAGAGAAAUAGUCCAUCCAAGUGUAGUUAAUGCGGGUGGGGACUACACCGUGUCGUGUAACUCUGAUCUGGCUGGAGUGCCAGGCAAGGGACAGAACCUAGGCUUGUAUUCUAUGUCUAUUGGAUGGUCGAAUGGAAUAGAGGAGCUAGAAACUUACAUAAGAUACAGAAUUUACGACAAGUUAAUUUACUAUCGAAAAGAAACCAACACAGCCCCUUCUUCUGUGAAGCUCUGGAAAUUUAAAGUAACAGGCCCGGACAAAGUGGAUGACCGUGGUGUACCUGAUAGAGAUGCAGUCAAUAUCACAAUGACGGCGACAAAGGUCAAACGACAAGAGUCUGGCAUCUUUUGUUGCAACGUUUCUUACCAAGAUUUGAUUGACGAUACUCGCAGAGUAUCUGCAUGCCAGACGAUAACCGUUUUGUCCCUGGAUACAUUGACUCUGGACAAUCACUGCACCAAGACGUUGCCUGAGUACCGUAGAGGUCACAUCCAGAAAUUAAGUGAACUCAACGUUGUCAGUUUCUGCAGUAAUCCAAAGGCCUAUAGUCAGUGUAUCCUGGAUUCAAGACGUGAUAGUCACACAGACCAGACAUACAUGGUCAAAUUGUUCGAGAAACAAUUUCCUAAAGAGUACGAUCUUAAGCGUGCGGCAUAUCUGCUAUGUACGAAAGGCACGACAUACUUGUCAAAGUUCGCUUCAUUUGACUACAAAGUUUUAAAUGACUGCGAGAUGUCCGCUGACAUUGACCAAUGCGAGAUCGAAGCCACCUCGGCCGAGAGAUUACAAAACUUAACGGCAGCCUUUGCCUCCAACAACCAAGCGGAUAUCGAGAGACAUUCAUGCAAACUGUCAAUAGACUACAUGAAGUGUAUCCAAGCCCAGUACACCAAAUGUAAUAAGGAUUUUGAGGACUUUUUUAUCUAUCAGUUUGCUCGCCUUGGCCAAGACUGUCUAUUGGAGCACCAGUUUUACAACAAGUUGAUUCUCACAGAAAAGUGCACGUCACUAUCACGCUCAACCAACGGGGCGUGGUCAGUCGGAACAGGGGCGUGGUCUAUCAGGACAAGGGCGUGGCUGAUGUUUGCUGUAGCCUUUGUUAAUAGUGUAGGGCGUGUCCAUAUGCUCAGAUAAAAUCUGGCUUGUUUAGUUCUUGGCUAUCUUCUGUAGCUGGGUGCAACAAAAUAUGUUUAGAAAAUGUUUUUAUUUUUAAGUAUUAUCUAGGAAAACAUUAAAAAGUUUAAUCUCUA